UGGCGUCCAGACGUGUUCUCCGCGUUCGAAUAUCAAAACAUCACGAUACAGGCGUGUUUUCGCCGGGACUUUAAUGAAAAAUUGAUGAAAACGUGGGUUUAACGAUCUUCCGACCAUACUGGGACGUAUUAGACUGUGUUUUUAAUUAAACUUUGUGCGCUAUACGGAUAUCGAGUGCUAUGUAGCUGUAGAUACGAUAUCAACUAAGGUGACAUGUUGUGACAGCAAGCAAUGACGUCAUCCAGCUAGUGUUGUGACUAUGUCGAUGGUCGGUGUCGAUAAAAUGGCGCGUUUUAUAUUCGUGCUACUACUGCCGGCCCUUGUGGCCGCGCUGUCACCCGGUGACACCGAUUCGUGUAAUCCGGACAAAAUGACAGUGUAUCGAAUGGUGUUGCACACGUAUUGGACAAGAGAGAAAUUCCCGAAGCACUAUCCUGAUUGGCGGCCGCCGGCGCAGUGGUCGAAAGUUUAUGGUGUGUCUCACGACCGAUCGUACGUCCUCUUCCGACUAGGUCGUCGAGUCUCUCCGGCUGUUAGACAGUUCGCCGAGUCCGGUCGGUCGGAUACCCUGGGCUCGGCCCCGGGGACCAUGGACGUGUUUGGAGCCCCAGCGGUGCAGCAGGGCGCGGGGAGGACUGAAGCGGAGUUCUUUGUCGAUGGGAAUCAUUCUAGAGUUUCCGUGAUGGCGCGAAUGAUCCCGUCUCCCGAUUGGUUCAUUGGAAUCGACGGUUUCGACCUCUGUGUCGAUGGAAACUGGCUGGAUAGCAUAACCAUAGAGGUGGAUCCCCUGGACGCAGGCACUGACAACGGCUUCACCUUCACAGCACCAAACUGGCCGACGGCACCACAAGGGGUGGCGUACAGAAUCACUUCCAAAUACCCGUCGCAUCCUGCGGGAUCCUUCUUCUACCCGCAUUUGAGAAGAUUGCCUCCAAUCGCUACGUUUCAAUUCAUAAAGCUCCGCGAAUAUGAGCUCUCGGAAGUGUUCCACCGUUCCAGCGACGACCGGCGCUAUGAUGUUCUCCAGCUUGACAAACUGAGUCAUAACAGCAUCGAUGUGCUGGACGGGAACCGAGCAUUGUCGAUAGCUGAAGAAGUCGAGAGGAACGAAGCGCCGAAGAUUUACGCCGACGGUGCCCUGACCACGCCUGAUGGGGCUUAUUCUUAUUAUACAUUGACGAACACGACAGCCAAUACGACAGAAGAGCCUCGUUCAGCCAAUGAGCUACCAACUUCAGGGCCCACAGCCAGUGAGAGAUCCGCCAUGCGAAGUUUGGCGAGGCGGUACCGAGCCCGAAGGCGACGCAAACUCCGCGCUGACAACGCUGAUCCCGCUGAGAGGAGGAAGCGGAAAAGAGCAAGACUCCUAGACUGCCGCGUGUCAGACUGGGGAGAAUGGAGUACAUGCCGCAGUGACGGUGGCUGCGUAGGAUCAGUGGUGCGCACGCGCAGAAUUAUUCGCCGCCAACGACCCGGUGGGGCGCCCUGCCCACCCACCAUGCAAUCAAGAUGGUGUGCAACCAACUGCACAACGCAACAGAAGCAAGAAGACUGGCGGAAUAAUCUCACGUAAUUCCUUUUUCAAAUUUAAAACUUAUGUUUAUCUAGUUUCUUUCUUGGAACGCGUUUAUUAGAGGCCAGUUUGAGAAUCUUUGCAAGCACGUCUCAAUUUCUUUUUAUAUUCCAUGAAAUACUCUUACCAUCUUUGUCUGUCCGUCCAGUAUCAGUUCGUUUCAAAUUCUAAUUUCAUUGAUCCUUCGUUUGGAUGUAAAUUCGUGGUGUGUAAAGAAAGUAAUCAAUAAAAUUGUUGUAAAAAAUAAAUUUAGUAAGAGAUGACUGUGAAUGUUUGGAUUAGAUAGACUUUUAUCAUUUAUCGCUGUAUCUAAGUGAGCUUGUUCGAAGUUAUUUUGAUUUCUCUGUCAAUUGUUAGGACUAAGGAUGAAGUGAGUUGAAGUGUGUAAAAUUUAAUUUGCUUGCAAAUUAAUUUUGCUCAAAUCUCCAAUUAUCUUCAGAAGAUUUAAAAAUUCAAAACUUUUUUAUGUUUAAGUAGAUAUUAGUUUAUCCUAUUUAACCUGCCAAACGCUUUUCCAUAUAUUUAGGAGAUAUAGUUAAUGAAUGUGAUUUUUCAAAUCUAGAAACACUAAUACAUUUUCAGCUCUAGUACAAAAUGAAGUGGUGUCUUAUGCUGUAAAAUUAAAUUUAUAUUAGUUUUCAAUAGAAAGUGUCAUUGUUUAAUUUCACAGAUUAUAUAAACUUCUUAACUAAAAAACUAUUAGAGCAAAAUUUUUAAUUCUAAAAGAGGUCAUGGUGAUUUUUUACACGGCGCAGAUCACUACGGAUUAACAGUAUUUGAGGUUUACAUUGAUUCUGCCUAUGGCAAAAUAUGGUCAUGAUUUACAUCUGUGCAUGCUCAUGAUUUAGAUUUAGAUCAGUGUUCCAAUUUCCGUGACUAGCCACGGAAAUCUGAUCACUGCAUUAUUUCGAUUCCCUUGUUGAAGAUUGAAGAAGCAGUGAGCAGUAUUUCUUACUGUACAAAUUUCGUUUCUAACCAUAAUUAACUGUUUUGUCAAAUCAUACUUAACUUACAUUUCAAUCAAGUUUAUUGCACAAUUUCUCCCCAAAUACCAAUUAAUUCAUUAUCUGUCAUAGCUGUAAUAAUUAAAACAACACUAAACUGCUCUCUUGAGACUAAAAUAGUUAACAUACAUAUCGUUUAGUUAAGAAUUAAAGUGACAGAAACUCAAUAAAGUGUAGUUUGUUUAGUCGAUGUGAAAUCCAAAGAACAUUUUUUUUAAUAAAGAUUAAAUGUAAAAAAGCUUCUAAUAGAUAAGUCAGUAUUUUAGAUUAUAGCUUACCUUCUAUAUGUUUUAUUUGAUGACGCAAUUCGCUUUAGUGCAAUUCAGACUAAUUUACAAAGAUAUGGACCUGUAUUUAUUGUAUACAUUUCAAAUAGUUUACAACUAAGUAUUGAAACGUAAGAAUCUAUGUCAAUUGACAAUGUUUAAGAAGUGAGAAUUAAUUUUAUCCAUUUAAAAGUUAACAACAAUUUUGAAACUACACUAGGUACAGUGGAAGACAAAAAAAAUAUAAUACAUCACUUGUAUUGGCGGUCCAUAUUGCCAUUGGGACACAUUUAGUUGUUCCUGACUUACAUUUAGGUAAUCCCAAUUUUCAGUUUACAAAUCACAAAUUAUAUAAUGUCUGCUUAUGCCAAAGAAAUAUGAAGCUUUUAAAUAUUACUAUAUCGGUUUUGUACUUCAAAGAAUUUCAACUGAUGAUCUUAAGUCCCAUGAAACUGAUUCAGAUAGUAACAUGAGAGUUGAGAAUAUUGGUUUCAAUAAUUUUAAUUAUUUGAUUAAUGAAAUUAAAGAUCACUUCAUACAUAUCCAGUCGAUCGUUCGAAAAGUAUAGCUUUUUGAGGGUUUAAACUUUAUUAUUGGAGAGAAAAAUAAUGUUCUAUGCAAUCUUUUUUUUUUGUUCUAAAGCUUACCACACAGGAAUACAAAUCAAUAUCACUUCUACUAUAAAGAAAUUUCUAUGUUACCAACGUUUUAGACAUCAAACUAUUCAGUCAAAUAUGCUUCUUGAAAAAGAAAGUUAUGCAAUAAUAUAACUAUUUUAUACUCUCAAAACUAGAAGAUAUCAAAUGAAAGUAAAGAAAUAUGGAUGAAUUGAUCUUAUUAUUAAUUUAGAUGUUAAACUAAAAAAGUUUUAGGCUAAAUAAACCGAAGCUAUAGUUGGAACUGUAAAAUAGCUAUUAUGAAAGCGAAAUGUUAACCUUAGCGUAAAUUAUUG